AUGGCGAAAGGAUCCAAGUCAGCGGUACCAGCUACGCCGAUGAAGUCGGGACGAGGAUCGGCCGAAGGUUCGUCAACGAUCGCGAGUGACUUAACGUCUCGGUUGUCGACGAUCUCCGAAAGGUCGGUCAGUUUCGAAGAGUCGGUCGACGAAGAUUCGGACGCCAAGGAUGACAUGAUGAUGGACUAUGAUGACCUGGAGGAGAAGACUCCAGCGACGACGCAGGAGUUCGGAGAUGAAGAAGAUGCGAUGCUGUCCGCGGGACGUAGCGGAGACUCGCGCUCCUUGUACCAGAACCUCGUCACGGAAUUUGAUGAAGUGGCGAAACCCGACCAUGCGGACGACGACUUUGAGGAUGGCACCGAGACCUCGGCUUCGAGAGCUCUGGUGCAGGUUACUAAGGGUCCUCAAGAAUCCCGCGGAAGUCGGCCCGCUAUGAACAGCAGCACUCCAGCUGCGAACAAGGUGCUCGGCAGAAUGCUCGAGCAGAUGGUGGAGUCGAGCGAGUGGAUAUGGCAGUUCAAUCCCGAGAUGACGCGUCAAGCGACUUGGGCUGAGCUGAAGGAGGAGUUGCAACACCCCGUUGAGUCGACCUCAGUCACCCAGGUGGCCGAGGACACGGUGUCCCUCCUACGAGCGAUGGGCUGCGAGCCAAGAACUCGCCCGUCCGAAGUCUUGAUCAAGAGUUGGACGCCGGGGCUCGCCGGCAAGGAGUUGCAUAAGUGGAAGAGGAAGCUUCGCCUGAGCUUCGGGGAGUCGGACCUGACUCUGGGACGCCCCCCGAGUGCUCGCCCCGCGAGGUAG